GCGCACGCGAUGACGAAGUCCAACCGCUGGAAGGCGAGGUCGUCUGCGCCGGCGGAGCAGGCGCCAGCCAGCCCCAACCGCGACGCGCCCUCGGUGGGCCCCUCGCCGCCAGGGCCGCCUGCUGGUGCGCCUGUGGCAGCAGGCCCCUCGCCACCAGGGCCGCCUGCUGGUGCGCCUGUGGCGGCAGACUCGUCGCCAACGGGGCCGCCUGCUGGUCCCCCUGUUGCAGCAGGCCCCUCGCCACCGGGGCCGCCUGCUGGUGUUCCACGACC